UUCUGUUUUUACUUAUUUUGGGUUUCUUACGAGAAUGUAAUCUCUCUCACCUUCGUUCUCUCCUCUCCAACCAUCCUCACUUUCUUCUAUCUCCAGGUUUCUUCUUCUGCAGAACCAAAAAAAAAGAAAAAUGGGAUAUGCGGAGUUGGUGCAGUCGUAUUCAAACAAGAUACGUGUAGUUGAAGCCCCAGCAAGUGGAGGCGGUCUCAGCCAGAAUGGAAAGUUUAGCUAUGGAUAUGCAAGCUCAGCUGGGAAGAGGUCAUCCAUGGAAGACUUCUUUGAGACUAGAAUCGAUGGUAUCGAUGGAGAAAUCGUUGGUCUCUUUGGAGUCUUUGAUGGACAUGGUGGAGCCGCAGCAGCUGAGUAUUUGAAGCGUCAUCUUUUCAGCAAUCUUAUCACUCAUCCUAACUUCAUUACCGACACCAAGUCUGCUAUAGCUGAUGCGUAUAAUCAUACAGACUCUGAACUUCUAAAGUCAGAAAAUAAUAAUCACACUAUAGACGCUGGUUCAACUGCCUCUACAGCUAUUCUCGUUGGUGAUCGUUUACUUGUUGCCAACGUUGGUGAUUCCAGAGCUGUUAUCUGUAGAGCCGGAAACGCCUUUGCUGUGUCAAGAGACCAUAAACCUGAUCAAAGUGAUGAGCGUGAACGGAUUGAAAAUGCUGGUGGUUUUGUCAUGUGGGCAGGGACAUGGAGAGUUGGAGGAAUUCUUGCAGUUUCUCGAUCGUUUGGUGAUCGACUUCUGAAAGAGUAUGUUAUUGCUGAUCCAGAGAUUCAGGAAGAAAAGAUUGAUGAUUCUCUUGAGUUUCUGAUCCUUGCCAGCGAUGGACUAUGGGAUGUUUUCUCCAAUGAGGAAGCUGUUGCGGUGGUGAAAGAGGUUGAAGAACCAGAGGAGUCCGCCAAGAAACUUGUGGGAGAAGCAAUAAAGAGAGGAAGUGCUGAUAAUAUCACAUGUGUUGUCGUUCGCUUUCUAGAGAGCAAGACUGCUAAUAUCAAAGAUUCCGACAUAUCCUCAACACAUUCUAGCUCAUGUUACGAAGCGAACCAAGAGCAAACCGCAGUUAGAGAUGACUUAGACCACAAUAUGUCAACCAAACAAACCAGGCAAGACCGUACCGCAGUACACUUGGACUGUAAUGCUGAGGUUGAAGCUAGAAGCGACGAUUCAGGUCGAAUCAGCUCGGACCAAAAGACAAUUCAGAGCGCCUCAGAGUCUAAGAGCUCUUUCAAACAACCUAGUCAAGGGCACAUCAUAGCACACAACAAUUUGGACCGGACCGUUGAUAAUCAGAAGCCAGUGGAAGCUGAGGCCAUUGAAGCAACUCACACCACCUCCUCAGAACAGAGCGGAUCGAUAGGUGAAAAGAAUCGAAACUCAGCUCCAGUUCACAGCGACUCCACAACAAGCAAGGCAAGUAGCCUUCCCUCUUAUCACUGACUAAAAUGUCAACACUAACUUCAAAAUGAUCUCUUUUCUUUUUUGAGAAAUGCGUCUCGAGGUUUUUCUCGACUAAGUUAUGUCCUUCAUGUACGUUUGUUUUUGUUACCCUG